UUUAUUUAAAAGUGUGUUGAAUAAUGUGAAUAAUGGUUUAGUGUGUGACAUUAUAAAAAUGGUCGUGUUACUGAUUUUCGGCGUGUUUAUAGCUCGCAGUGUGUGCCACACGAUAACGCUACUGGACGUACCGCGCUGGGCCGACCCUAGAAACGAAUCAGAGUUGCGUUGUAACUACGCGAAACAACCGCUCGACCCACCGCUUCACUCAGUCAAGUGGUACAGAGGUACUCACGAGAUCUUCAGAUACACUCCACAAGAAUACGAAACCAGAGCGUUCAAUAGUAGUGGAGUUUCCAUCACGAACAGCUCCUGCGACUCUUUUUCCUGUGUCAUCACGGUCAGACCAGAAUCUGGAACAGCAAAGUACACAUGUGAAGUAUCCAGCGAAGGGCCAAGAUUUGAAGUAAAUAGAAAAUCAGCCAAUAUGACGUUAGCUGUGUUACCAGAAUACGAACCGCUGAUAACCGGUCUUCCAACAUUUGUGAACGCGGGAGAACAGGCGCUUGUCAACUGCACGUCUGACUACUCCCUGCCAGCCGCUACAUUAGAAUGGUUCGUCGAUUCAGAACUGCAGGAGGAUCCGGUUAUAACCGGCGAGACCCAUAUCUCGGGUGCAGAUGGUGACGGUCUUCGUGCAUCGUGGAGGACACUACACGUCUAUCCCGACGACUAUUCCACGCAUCGGGGCUACCUCGCGCUAGAGUGCCGCUCUACACUUGCUACGCGGCCACCGCAUACGCGUAGCAUGGCCGUGCGGCUCUACGUUGCGAGCCGCCCACACAUAUCAUCUUAUAUGUUAAGUAAAAAUAGUGAGUAUCGUAUUAUAUUUAAUUGUCCACUUAAAUCAGUUAAAUUUACAAGUUGA